GUUGUCGAGCUUUAAGUAUAUAUAUAUGCUAUGUUUCAAUCUGAGGAGCGAAAGGAAAAACCGUUACAAGAACCGAAAGAAGAAGAGGAGCUCCAAUUUUCUUGGGGUAUCAAAAAGGAAGUUAUCACUUUGUAUGAAUCGUUCACUCUAGACGGUACUGAGUACUUCCUGUACGACUGCGUGUAUUUGUGGCGUGCCGGUCAAGACGAGCCUGACAUUGGUAAGCUUGUGAAAAUAUGGGAGACAGAAAAUCGAGAGAAGCAUGUUGAAGUCGUGUGGUUUUUUCGUCCCAUUGAUAUAACUAAUUGGUUAGGAGAUAUUAAGCCGUUUCGAAGAGAGAUUUUCCUUGCUUGUGGUCAAGGCAAAGGUCUUUCAAAUCUCGAGCCGCUGGAAGCGAUAAGUGGAAAGUGCAAUGUUACUUGUUCGUCUAAGCAUAAAAGAAAUCCUCAACCAUCCGAAGAAGAAUUGAGAAUGGCUGAUUACAUAUUUUAUCGAACUUUUGAUGUCGCACAGUGCACAAUAUCAGACAAGUUUCCUAGUUCGAUUUGUGGAGUUGAAGUCGAUCAUUUCUUUAACAGGAAGAAAGGCACAAAAUCUAGUGUAUGUGCUGAACCCAAAGAACAUUCAAAAGCCAGGAGUGAAGAAACACCCGUUAGAGCGACGAAGAACGAACAGUCUGCCAAAGAAGAAAAAAGUGCCGACAGGUUAAAUGUAGCAGCUACUUCAGGUGGGCAGACGAAGAGUAGUAUGAAAGAGGGGUCUCGUCCCGUAGUUAAAAUUAAGUUCAAGAGACCUGCAGAUUGCCUUUCGGCAAGCCCGUCUGGUGUCAGUCCAUUGAAGAAACGAAAGCUUCUUCUAGCUGAAGGUUCCGGAAAUGAUGGACAACCUUAUACUUCACUGUCUCGAGUUUCUGGACUUGAGAAACGUAUGAAUGACAAAGAUUCUGUCGGAGAGAAGAAAUAUCUGUCUACUGGGGUAAGUUUGGACAACAAAUCGAGAAUGUUCGUUGACAAAAGAGUUGGCAGUAAGCAGCAUAUGACACAAACAAUGCGUUAUAAGUACACGGAAGUCACGAGAAGGCCCGGUAUUGAUUCAAGUAAAUGGCUUAAGCUAGAGGUUUGGGAAGGGGAAAGGUUGCGCGAAGCCAAUGAAAAAGGAACGUUAAUCAUAUUAGAAAACCUUGAUCCUUCAUUCACAUCUGCUGAAGUGGAGGAUAUUGUUUGGCAUGUAUUUCAACAAAAGGUUAAGGCAAAGAUGGUACAGCCAACCGCCGUUUCCAGUCCACACAAUGGACAAGCACUUGUAAUUUUCAAAACGAAAGAAGCAGCAGAUAAUGUCAUCUCACAGUUGAUCAAUGGCUGUCUUAUACUUGGCGAUGGAAGGCUUAUUGUUGGUCGGAGAAGAAAACUCGGGAAGUCUGGUGUUUCAGGCGGAUUUCUUGGUCAUCUUAGGAUUGAUCGAACAAAACCAUAUAGGCAACGUGAAGAGAUGAGAAAUGCAGUGUCGACAUCACACUUCUCACAGUCUAAUACAGUCGAAUAUGAGAUGGCAAUACAUUGGAGUGCGCUUCAUGAAAAAUCAAAUAUGUGGUGGGCCGCCUUGUACGAGGGACAAGGCAAAGAGAUUGAAGAUUUGACUAAACAGAUGAAGAUCCAUCACUUGGAGCCAUGAUAUUGCUAUUGCUAUAGUUUUUGUGUAUAUGAGAAGAGUACGAGAGGGUGUACCGUUUGGACAGUAUAGGAGGCAACACCCGGGGAUUUUUGCAGACUUGGUUGGAUAUGAAGAAGUAGAGGAAAUUGUAUGCACUUCUUUUUUGGCUUCCCCUGCUAUUUUUAGUUUCUUUUGUAAGUAAAGUCAAUGAAAAUAAAACUUAUCCUGUAAUUUCAUCUGCGUUUAGUCGAUGUUUUGGUAAUCGGAUUUCUAAUUGAGAAUAUGAAGCAUGGUCAAUGUGGUAAUAUAGUAUAUGAUCUUGAUCACCUGCAUUUUUGGUUUGCUUCCACUGAAAUAUGUGAAUUGGGUUCAUUUUUUCGUGUAAUGUAUUCGUGUUUGUUGG